AUGGCGCAGAUGAAAGGCUUAAUUUUAAUUCUGGCAAUAAUUUGCCAAAUAUGCCACGGAUAUGUACGAGACAAGACACCAUAUCGUGACACAGACUGUCUAGAUGGGACUCCAGUGGGUAUUGGUGUGGACAGUGGGUCCAGGAUCCCUGAUGGCAAUAUGUGGGCUUCAUCAUCAACCAGCAGUAUCAGGCUUCCUGCUAGAGGCCGACUCAUGGAAACUGCAGGAUCCUGGACAUCUAAGGUACAGAACUCUGCACAGUACCUUGGAAUAGACCUGGGACGGGAAUACCUUCUGACACGACUACAGACCCAGGGACGACAGGGCACUGACGAAUAUGUUACAGAGUUCAUGCUUUCCUUCUCUGUCGACCGUAAAACUUGGCGUUUCUACUCCAAUGAGUUUGGUAUCAGAGAGAUGUUUAUUGGUAACAGCAAUGGUGACAUGGUAAAAACAAACACGCUGAAGUACCCAGUGGUGGCACGCUAUGUCCGCUUUCACCCGUCCCGUUGGAACAUGGUCAUCUCUAUGAGAGUGGAAGUACAGGGUUGUCCUUACAAUUCACAAACAGUGAGGUUUGAUGGUGGCACUAGUUACAUUAGUUACGACCUCAGCAGGCAAGUUCCUCCACCAAGCAGUAUUGAGGACAACAUCAAACUCCGCUUCAAAACUAACAAACAAGAUGGUGUCAUUCUUUUUGCUGAUGGUAACCAGGGUGAUUACUUGUCACUUGAACUGGUUGGAGGAACACUGUAUUUCCAUCUAGAUUUAGGCUCCACUACAAAAGUUGCUGGGACCACUGACCAGCUCGGAGGUAAUAUGCUGGAUGACAGCCAGUGGCAUGAUAUCAUAAUACGACGAAAUCGAACUACUGUGAUGCUGAUUGUGGACAGGAUGGAGACUCGUUUUGAAAGCAAUGGAGCAUUCUACCGACUCAAUGUUGACAAGAAGAUAUACAUUGGGGGUGUGCCAAGUUUUGAUCAACAAGGUUUGACUGUGAAGACCAACUUCGCAGGAUGUCUGGAAAAUGUUGUGUUCAACAGUCUGAAGAUUAUUCGCGAUGCCCAGGCUGGACAAACUGGUUACCAGAUGGUUGGGUCUGUGCCUGAUCCCUGGAACUGCAAGUUCACCGCACCUAUCCCAAUGACCUUCUUCACAUUUGACUCGUUUGCUGUGCUGAAGGGAUUCGAUGCAGGUGGUGCUAUUCGUCUCCAGUUUGAUUUCCGUACCCACGACGAGGACGGCAUCCUUCUCCAUCACGACAUGGAGGAUGGUGGAUCAAUAGAGGUCAAGCUGGAUGGUGUAGGUUAUGUGACCUAUAAACUAGUGACCAAGGAUAAUCAGAUCAUCGAGGAUAUGGUUCGUAACACUGCUCUGGAUGCCAAAUCUCAAGGCUUUGCUGAUGGAUUGUGGCACUCUUUUCACCUGCAUGCCAAUGAACAGAUGUUGAACAUCACUGUUGACCGAAAUGCCAAAGUCUCACGCCGCAGUCUAACUAUAUCUGCCGGUUCAACUUACUAUCUUGGUGGAUACACUCUGGGGAUAAGUUUCCGUGGAUGUAUGCGAUCUAUUGAAAUUGAUGUGACACCAGUUGAUUUGAACAGCAUAUCCUCAUCGGACACAAAGGACGUGGAAGUUGGAACAUGUGGACUGGUUGACAGAUGCACUCCGAACCCUUGUGAACAUGAUGGUGUAUGUACUCAAGACUGGAGCAAUUUUAACUGUGACUGCCAGGAAUCUGGAUACACUGGUGAAGUGUGCCACAUCUCAUCCUACUAUCUUUCCUGUGAGAUGUACAAGAUGUACACUAAAAAUGAUGGAUUGGAGCCAGCUAUCAUUGACCCUGAUGGAUCGGGACCUCUCAAACCAUUUAAGGUCCAGUGCAAUGGCAAAAAUGAAGUGGGCAAACCUGUGGAAACAUGGAUUGGCCAUGACAGUGAAGAAGAUAUCCGUGUGGAUGGUUAUCAGGCACCAAAUUAUUAUGUCCGUAAGAUUGGUUACAGCGCCUCAUCCAUUGAUGAAUUGACAGAAGUCAUUGAGCGAUCGGUCAGCUGCCAUCAGACCAUUGAAUACAAGUGUAACAACUCACGUCUUCUUGCCAAACCAAAUGAUUCCCCAGAUUUGCACUACGCUUGGUGGGUAGGAAGGACAUUCCAACCCAUGUAUUACUGGGGAGGAGCAGCUCCAGGGUCAGACAAAUGCUACUGUGGAUUGACUGAGAAGGGCUGCACUGGUGGGCUGGCCACAUGUAACUGUGACUCUGGUCUGUCCACCUCUGAUAGUGGUCAGUUAGUCCACAAAGAGUACCUACCAGUGAUGGAACUUCACUUUGGUGACACAGGAACGACCACUGACAGUAGACUAGGGUUUCAUAAGGUUGGACCCCUCAUCUGUCAGGGAGACAAUCUCCUUGACAAUGUGAUUACAUUCCGCAAGGCAGAUGCUACCAUCAAACUGGCUACAUUCGAGGCAGAACCAUCGGGAGAUAUCUGGUUCCAGUUCAAGACGACAGCCAUGGAUGGCGUUAUCAUCCACAACAUUGGAAACUCCUUGGAUGGAAGUGCUGACUUCAUCCAAGUCAGAUUAUUUAACGGUGAUACAAUUGGGUUCAGCUACAACAAUGGUAAUGGUAUUAAGGUGCUGGAGUACAAGUCGACCAACGCCCUCAACAACAAUUUCUGGCACACAGUCCAUGUAGAGAGAAAUAGGAAGCAAGCUUGGCUUCGUGUAGAUAACUUCCCUGAGAAAUACCUUAACGAAGGUCAAGAUGAGGUCACACGUGCCCUUGACCUAAUGGGAUAUCUUGUUGUUGGUGCUACAGUGGAGGACAAAAAUGGCUUUGUUGGCUGCAUAAGAGGUCUGAGAGUGAAUGGUGUGCUGCAGGACCUCCGUGGGCUGGUGGAGCGUGGCGACUUCUACUAUGGCGUGUCUGUCAACUGUAACGGAAAGUGUAACAGUAAUCCAUGCAUGAAUGGAGGCACAUGUAUAGAGGGAUAUUCUGGCUACACCUGCGACUGUGCAUACACACCAUGGAGAGGAUGGAUGUGUGGUAGAGAGGUUGGAGUAAAUCUUCAGACCAACUACCAGAUAAAAUAUACAUUUGACAAAAGCCAGGGAUUGUCUGCCACAGACUUCAUGAAAAUUCGUGUUGGUUUUACCACUAAGAAAAAGCAAGGCAUUCUUCUUCAGCUCCGGGAUGCUGAGAACACAGAGUAUGUGUCACUGGAGAUCAACAACAGUGGUGGAAUAAAAUUUGUUGUUGAUGUUGGUUCUGAACGAUGGGAGUUGAACACCCCUAAUCAUGGAAUAGACUAUACUAAUGGACAGCAACAUGAGGCCAAGAUGAAGAGAGAAGGUCCAGGUGGCAGGAAUGUCCACUUACAGGUGGACAACUAUCCUGAGGCAAUUGACACUCUGGGUGCUUCUCUCAGUGACAGCAUCCUCAACAACCCCAAAUAUCUAUUUGUUGGAAGUAAUGACACCAAAAACAGUGCUAAGGGAUUUGAAGGCUGUAUCUACCGGAUGCAGGUUGACAACAUUUACCCACUGAAACGUGCCUUCCAGGAUCCUAGGCCAUCUUUUGUACAGCUGAACCCAACAGGGAAAGUACGAGAGGACAUGUGUGGAUUUGAAGAGAUCACAAAGCCCCCAGAUCCGAUUGAGACGAGACCUGUUGCUGGAGGUCCAUAUACAAACAUCACUUUCCCCUAUAGCGAUGACGGCCUCACCGCUACAGAAAGGGGCAUCAUUGGAGGUGUUGUUGCUCUGAUCUUCCUCAUCAUCAUCAUCCUGGCCAUCAUUGGUUUCAUCUACUUCCGUGAAAAGGGUGAUUACAGCACAAAAGAAGCCAAAGGUCAAGAUCUUGCUGAUAACCCCGACACUGCUGUUGUCUACAAUCAGACAGGAGUGCCAGACAUCGCCAAGCGGCGAGAAUGGUUUAUAUAAAUACUUACAGCAACAAAAUCUUUAAAUCUUCAAGUACUUCAUGUCCAUAGGCAUACAGAGGUCA